UCCAUUCAUUUUUGUUUAUAAGAAAUGGCGAACAGAACGGUUAAAGAUGCCAACAGUAUACAUGGAACAAAUCCACAAUACCUGGUAGAGAAAAUUAUACGAACACGUAUCUAUGAGUCAAAAUACUGGAAAGAAGAAUGCUUUGGACUCACAGCCGAACUUGUUGUGGACAAAGCCAUGGAAUUAAAAUACGUCGGAGGAGUGUUCGGUGGGAACAUUAAACCUACGCCGUUCCUCUGCCUGACCCUGAAGAUGCUCCAGAUUCAGCCGGAGAAGGACAUUAUUGUAGAGUUCAUUAAGAAUGAAGAUUUUAAAUACGUUCGAAUGCUGGGAGCAAUGUACAUGAGGUUGACUGGAACUUCUGUAGACUGCUACAAGUAUUUGGAACCUCUCUACAAUGACUACAGAAAAAUCAAAUGCCAGAACAGAAAUGGAGAAUUUGAGCUAAUGCAUGUGGAUGAGUUCAUAGAUGAGCUGCUUCAUGCUGAACGAAUGUGUGACAUCAUUCUGCCCAGACUCCAGAAACGACAGGUUCUGGAGGAAGCCGAGCUGCUGGAUCCACGGAUCAGUGCUUUGGAGGAGGAUCUAGACGAGGUGGAAUCAAGUGAAGAAGAGGAUGAGGAAGAGGAGAAGCCAGAGAGAGUACAGACACCAGAGCCCCACAGACGCAGUUACCGUGACAACGACAGGCCCCGUCGAUCCCCAUCCCCGCGUUACAGACGUAGCCGCUCACCCAGAAGGCGAAGCAGGUCACCCAAGAGACGGAGUCCCUCUCCCAGACGUGAUCGUCACCGCAGCAAAAGUCCUCGUCGGCAUCGCAGUCGGUCCCGUGACAGGAGGCAUCGCUCCAAGUCCCCAGGCCAUCACAGAAGUCACAGGCAUCGUAGUCACUCUAAGUCUCCAGAGAGCAGGUCAAAGAAGAGCCACAAGAGGAGCAGAAGAGGAAAUGAGUGAAUUUGUGUUUUUU